AUGCAAGCCCGCAGCAGCGCGAAGUCUUCUUCCACCACGACAACGCUCGGCCGCACAUUGCAAGAACGACCAAGUCUUGUGAAUAAGGCGGGUGUGGUAAAAUGGUCCAACCGAAUUGACGAAAUUCGGUUAGACCAUUUUACCACACCCGCCGUAUUCCCCAGACCUGGCUCUCUCCGAUUACCACCUUUUUUCCUAUCUCCAACGUCAUCCGGAUGGUCAAGACUUCCAAACCCGAGACGACAUCAAAAAGGCACUCGAGCAGUUCUUCAAGUCACAGUCCCCAGCGUUCUGGAGCAAAGGCAUCUACGAUCUGUCUAA